UUUAUUGUUGCACGACUGAAACGAUAAUGAAAAAAUAAAUAUUAGUGUCGAGUUAAGUAAUAAACUUAGAAAAAAGAUAUAUACACAAAAAUUAGAUUUUGUCUUAAUUUUGGUACAAGAAGAAAAAAACUUUUUUAAGAGCCUAUAGUUAUUUCAAAUAUAAAAAGCCAGGCGAGACUACAAAAAGCCAGGCGAGACUACAAAUAGCCAGGCGAGACUACAUAUUUUACCUUAUCGAAUUAUAAAUUAUCCUUUCUAAUAUUCGGCACUGAUCUUACAGGAAAGAGAUUCUCUCUAGAAAUGAAGACAAAAUAAGGUUCAGUGAUUUAAAUAUCUAACGUUGCGCAUGCGCAGAACUGUUUAUUGUACUCUAUAUAAGAUGUGGGUUCGUUUAAAACGUGCCAUUUGAGUGCUAGCCAAAGGAGAGUCACGAUGGAAAAUAUUACUUGCUCGGUGUGCAAUGAACCGUUUUCUAGUAGAUACAGUGUACGUAGACACAUAACACGAAAACAUUCAGAUUUAAUUGAAGGAGCUCAGGAGCCACAGGUUGGAGCACCGCAACACCUCUUUGGAGCAUCGGAAAACCAUUAUGGUACUCCGGUGUACCGGUGCACCGGAGCACCAGGAGCGCAUUUUGGAGCACCGGGGCACCAUAUUGGUGCACCGGUGCACCAGUGCACCACUCCUCCUCAAACACCUACACUACGAUCAGAAGAAAACAAUGAAAUGGUGUUUCAACAUCCCUUCACUAUGAUGAUUUCAGGUCCCACAGGUAAAUACAUUCUUACCUUUUUUCUGUAAAUUUUAUCACCAUUUGAGACUAUUUUGCCCAAUUUUAUUCCAGAUUUUGAUACAUAUUUCUAGAUAUUUUUUCUACAUUUUUUCUUUCAAUUUUUCUUUCUUUAAAAAAAAAUCAUAUAUUUGCUUAGUUUGAAAAAUUUCCAAAAUACUAAUUUUUUCUUGUUUUUUUCAGCCUGUGGAAAGACGACGAUGGUGAAAGAGUUAUUGCAGAAUCACAAAUUGAAAAUACAGCCUGGUAUUCAAAGGAUCGUGUGGUUAUACAAACGAUGGCAACCAUUGUACACUGUUAUUGAAAGAACUGUUUUUCCAAGAGUAGAGUUUGUUCAAGGUUUACCAUCAGACUUAGAUGACGACGACUACUUUGAUACUAAAGUCAACAAUCUACUGAUCAUUGAUGAUUUGUUCUCUGAAUCUGGCAAAGAUAAACGCAUUACAGAUUUGUUUACGGAGGGAUCUCAUCACAGGUCUCUCUCAGUCAUUUCAAUUAAUCAGAAUCUGUUUGGAAACAAAGAUCCUACACAGAGAAGGAAUUGUCACUACUUAAUUCUCUUCCAAAAUACGAUAGAUAAGCAAUCAGUGAUGACAUUAGCCCGACAGAUGUACCCAGGGAAUAGUGAAAAGUUGUUGAAACCAUUUGAAAAAGCUACCAAGUAUCCUUACGGGUAUUUAUUGGUGGAUUUAAAACCGUUUACACCAGAAGAUCAGAGGAUAAAAUGUUUGAUGUCCAAAAACACCAAAAUUAAUCAAUCUACAGAACGCGUUCAUCACGUGACUCCUCCCCAAGAACCUAUAAAAGAAACUGUUUUUCCAAAAGUAAAUUAUUCUACAGCUGCAGUUCAAACAGAUCACAUCGAGGAUAAAUCACAAGAUAAUUACGAAAAUAAUUCGGAAGACAUAAUGGAACCUAAAGGACAAGCUUGCGAUGAUUGUGGGCAAUUAUUUGACACUAAUCACGACGUGCAGAGACAUGUUAAAAGCGGAUGGUGUCCUGAACACAGGGAAUCAAGGAAACGAAAACACGAGGAGUUGAGCGAUAGCGAGCAUGACGAAGAUUCUGUAGAAGAUAAUGAGGCUUACGUUAAUAUAUGGAAAAGAGCUAGAGAAUCAAACGAUCAAAAAUUCGAUAAAAUAUACAACACAUUUAUAGACAAUGGGGAGGAACAUGAUGAUGCUCAGGAAAUGGCGGAAGAGCGCAUACAACCUUAUAACGAAAAAGACUUUUUCAGCAAGUAUACAACUUUAAUAGAUAACUAUAUUCUUCCACUCAAAAACAGUAGAUUACAUACACAGAUUAUGGUCCAGAUAGAUAAACUGGUUUCAAAAGGUUUAAAUCCGACAUCAGCCGUGAAAAAAGUUAUCAGAAAGCAUAAGAACUCAUUUCAAGACUUGUUUGAUAUGGAAUUUUCUGAUGAUGAAGAAGAGGAGGAAACAGAUGAUGACGUCAGCGGGGAGGAGGAAAGUGACCAAGAAAAUAUAUAAAUUAACAUAACUUAUCUUCUGUUGUUUAUUUGUGUUGUGAAUUUUAGACAGUAAACAUGGCUCCUUGGGAGGACUAUUUAAAAACUAUUUAUUAUGAUGCUAAACAUCCCGGUGCGUUUGCCGGACCACAAAAACUGUAUAAAGUUGUGAAAUCUGAAGGAAAAUUUAAUAUUGGUAUGUACAGAAUACGUCAAUUCUUACAUGAUCAGGAGUCCUAUAGCCUGCAUAAACCAGUAAGGAGACGAUUUCAAAGAAAUCAUAUUGUAAGUGCAGGAAAAGACGAUUUAUGGAUGGCUGACUUGAUCGAUAUGGUGAAAUUUGCUGAUUGGAACAAGGGUUUCAAAUACAUUUUAUUGGUGAUAGAUACAUUCUCCAAGUACGUCUGGUUACAGCCGUUAAAAUACAAAACUGGAGAAGAAGUAGCUCAAGCGUUUCAGAAAAUCUUUACAUCUUCAGACAGAUCACCGGCCAAACUCAUUACUGACAAAGGUCAGGAGUUUAAAGCCAGGAAGGUCCAAGCUCUCAUGAAGAAAGAAGAAAUUCAAUAUUUUCCUACUCAAAAUGAAACAAAGGCAUCUACCUCGGAAAGAGCUAUUUUGACUAUAAAGACCAGACUCAUGCGCUAUUUUUCGUAUUUGGAGACUAGUACAUUUCUACCUGUGUUACAAGACAUUGCCGAUAAUUAUAAUCGCACCUAUCAUAGAACAAUUGGAAUGAGACCUGCGGAUGUCAAGGACACAAACCAGGAAGAAGUGCGUUUAGCUACAUACUUUGCGCAAAAUCCAAAAUCAAAACGUCCAGACGUUACACUUAAACCUUUCAAAUUUAAAGUGGGUGACUUUGUGCGUAUCAGUCAUCUAAAAACUGUGUUUACCCGGGCGUAUGACCAAACAUACUCUGGUGAAGUGUUUAAAGUACAUAAACGCUUCCACCGAGGCACACUACCUAUCUAUAGACUUCAUGAUUUACAAGACGAAGAUAUUAAAGGAACCUUCUACGAGAGUGAACUUCAGAAAAUUAACGUUGAUCCUAAUCAGACUUGGAAAGUAGAGAAAGUAUUAAAAACCCGUGGCAAAGGGCGAAACAAACAAUUAUUUGUAAAAUGGAAAUAUUAUCCGCGUAAAUUUAACAGUUGGAUAAAUGCUAGUGAUUUAAAUUAAUAUUCUUUAGUUUACUUUGCCUUAGUUAUGUUGAUAAUUUUGUCAAUAUACGUUCUGUACUUAAUAGUUAUAUGUUCAAUGUUUAAACUGUAUUUAUCUCAUGUAAAUAAAAUUGGUGAAGUACACUUAAACUUUGUUGUAUUUUUCAAUUCAAAACAUUUGCCGAUAUUACAAGCGUGCAUUUAAACCUGGGUGUAAUAAUGCGUUUAAGGUAGUAAACGUCGUCUGCUCUGACACAAAAAGUGAUCGUCUGCUACACAUUUAAUCGUUUAACGUUUAACGAUAUCUUUGACCGCUAUACAACAACUAACCAAGUUGUACAUAUCAAUAAACUUGCUGAUAUCUGAUUGGCUGUCUAAUAAAUUGAGCCAAAAAAAGUGGUGAAAAAACUUACCAAAUAUUGAGAGAUUUUCUUUGCUGUGUGUAAAUUCGAAUAAUUUU